AUGGAUAGAUCAAUUGAAUACACUCAAGCUAUGUCUAAUUUUGAUUCUGUUUAUAAUGUUUCACCGACUCUUAUUCAUCAAUCUACAAAGUAUACUCCUAUGUCUUCAUUGAUAACUUCUUCAAUGUUUUCAAAUCGAUCAUCAUCACCAUUAUUUCGUCGUUGUAAAUCUCCUCCUUUAAGUCGACCAAUAUUAAGUGGAUCAGGUCCAAAAUUUAAUUUUGAUUUAUAUAAAAUGGAUCAAAAUAAUGAUGAAUUUGAUAAGGAUUCUUUAUCAUCUUAUCGUUCAUUAUCACCAACUUCUUCUAGAAUAAUUUAUCAUCAUCCAAUACAUUCUUCUCGUUUAUCUCCAAUUUCUAAACCACAAGCACUAUCAAAAUUACAACAAAUUAAUGAUGAAUUAUGUCAAACACUUGCUCAAUCAGAAUUAACCGAUCGGUCACCAGCACAUUAUCAUAUUCAUCAUUAUCCAUUAUCUCAAAAUUCACAUGAAAAAUAUCGUUCUCGAUCAAUAAGUGAAGAACGCUCAGCGUCAACUGAAUUAGAAGUGUCUCCUAGAAUACACAAAGCUCGAGUUACAUACAAAAUUCAUAUUCCACGACGACAUCAACAAUCUUCUCGUCAUAGGUCAACAGCAGAUGUUUAUUCCAGUGAUAAUCCAAUGUUUAUUGAUUUAUAUCCAACACGAGAUCAAGGUUUCGUAAAACAGAUAAGAAAAAAGCCUGAUAAUCAAAGUCCAUGGAUUAUCGAUGGUUCAUCAAUUCGACGUAAUUCUUAUUCUGAUUCAAAUACAUCACAACUAUCCGAAACACCGAGAGGACCAUACUAUGGUGAUAAACCAAUUAAAUCACGUCGUCGAUCGGUUCGUGCUAAAGAACGUCCAUCAUCGAGUUCACGUUAUCGAUCACCGUCUGUUACAUCUGGUAAUCGUCCUGAUUCUGCUCCAUUUCAUGUAUCAGAUGAAUAUCAAGAAUCGAAUGCUUCGUUUUCUAAUACUGUACCUAUCCGACAACAGAAUGGUUCUAUUAAACAGUCAAAAUUUAUUGAUUCUCAUAUUCCAUCGUCAAAAUCUAAAUCAUCACGACAAGAAACUUCUCGAAAUUCAGCUGACGUUACACAUAAAAGAAGACAUAGCCGUACAUAUGAUCCUCAUAAUGAAUCGUCUUCAUCUAGAACACGUAAACCUAUAUGGCAUCCUCCAUCAAAAACUAUUUCUGAAAAAUCACCAAAAUAUUUUGAACCUACUUUAAAAUCAAAAUAUGAUGUACCAACUGGAAAACAUAUUACUGAUGGAACAGAAUCAGAACCAAUAUCUCAACGAAAAACACUAUCAGAUCGAACAAAAAUACGUAAUGGAGAUUCUAAUCUUAAAAAACAUAUUACAAAUGCUGAUAGUAAAGUAAAAUCAGCAUGGGAACCAACAGUAGAUGGUUUAUCAAAAUCAACUGUUAAAGAACCUAAACCAUCAACAACCACAAAUACUGAUCAAAAUUCAUUACAUAAUGAAUCAAUAAAACCUACAACUAAACCGAUAUCAAAAAAUCAAAGUAUAGUUGAUAAAAAUGAUGAUAAUGCUCAAGAUUCAUCGGAAAAUGAAUCAACAACAUCAGAACGAUCAAAAAAUCAAGAUUCAUCUCGUCCACCACCUCGUAUAGAAAAACCACCAACACCACAACAACCACGAAAACCAUCAACUGAACUUCCAAAAACAACAAACGGUGCAUUAAAACGUAGAGAUGAUGCAAAUAAUAUUCAUGAUGAAAAUCAAACACCUUUACCCACAGCCGAUGUUAAUAACAAUAAAAAAACUGAUAAUGAUAAUGGAGAAAAAUCAGAUGCUCAAAAUGAACAGCCAACAUCAUCACCACGUUCUUCACAUAAAAUUCCAACAUCUGAACACAAAACACCAUCACCAAAACCAACGAAUAAAAAUGACAAAUUAACAAAUGAUGAUGAUAGAGAUGAAAAUGAUGAUGAAGUUGCGAAUAGUUUUGACGUUAAUAAAUGGCUUGAUGAUGCAUCGAAAGCUAUCUUAGGUCCUUCACGAAAAGAUGAUACUGUUAUUCCUUCUCAACCACUUCCAAAACCUAAAGUUAAAAGUCCACCUCGUCGAAAAGAACCAUCACCAUCACGAUCUCCAGAAGUUUCAGAUGAAGAUUUAUAUAAUCCUCCAUUUGGUCCAAAGAGAAAAAAUCAACAACCAUCUAUUCCUCUUCCACCACCACCACAACCGCCACCACCACCACCACCACCAACAACAACAACAACGGGUGAAACUAAUGAGGUUGAUGAUUUUUUUAAUUAA